CAGGGGCCCGAGGAGGCCCUCCAUCAGCGAGCAGCAGUGUGUCCGGGUAUCCAGGCAAGGCGACGCCCUUCAUACUUCACCCGGCGGGGCUCCAUGUUCUUCGAUGAGGACGGAGAUUUGGCGCACGAAUUCUACGAGGAAACAAUCGUGACAAAAAAUGGCCGCAAGCGGGCGAAACUCAAACGCAUUCACAAGAACCUGCGGCCACAGGGCACCAUCAAGUUAGACCACCCGUGCAUCCAUGUGGACUUCCCUGUCGUACUCUGUGAGGUCUGA